ACCGACGCUCGUAUCGCCGAUGGCCGCCAUCCCGAGCCAUGGCUUCCGGCUUCUGACUACAACUCAUCCAUGGCUCCGGAAUGUACACUUUUCUUCCUCUCUUGCCUCCUUUAGUCAACACCCACAAAAGGCCCAAGCUUCCAACCUCAGUCUAGGACAGAACAGCAAUAAAAAGAGAAACAACAAUAACGAUGGCACUAAAACUAACGAUAACAAGACAGAAUCUUACUUUCCAAAGAGAGGACAAAUUCUCGAACUGGAAUGCGAGAGCUUGGCUUUCAAGGGAAAGGGUGUGACUAAAGUAAAGACCAUAUCUCCUCAUUGGGACUUUGUGGAUGCCCCUUGUGAGUAUGCUUCAUGCUGUGGAGGGUGCAAAACACAAAACCUGUCUUAUGAGGCUCAGCUUAGAGCUAAGGAACAACAAGUCCGUGAGUUGGUGAUACAUGUUGGAAAGUUCUCUGAUAAAAGCCCUGAGUUUUCAAGCAUUAUGAAGCCAAUUGUUCCCUGUGACAUGCAGUUUCAUUACCGAAAUAAGAUGGAGUUCUCGUUUGGUUCUAAAAAAUGGUUACCUAAAGAAUCAUUACACGAGAAACUGGAUGGUAAUGAGACAUAUGCUUUGGGACUGCAUGCUCCAGGCUGUUUUGAUAAGGUUCUGAACAUUGAAAAAUGCUUAUUACAAAGUGAGCCUGCCAAUAAGAUUCUUGCAACCGUCCAAGAAAGUUGGAGAGAACCAGGACUAGGUCUUUCUCCAUAUGAUGUUUACUCUCAUGGUGGAUUCCUUAAGCAUCUAGUUCUAAGAACUGGAAGGAACAUUGAGAGUGGUCUUCCUGAAAUGAUGGUUAAUUUUGUGACUUCAUCUUACAAGCCAGAACUGCUGAAGCCUCUAGUUGCAAAGAUUGCAGUUCUUCCUGAAGUGGUUAGCAUUAUGAAUAAUGUCAAUACUUCUGUUGGUAACACUUCCAUGGGGGAGGAGGAGUAUACUUUGCUUGGGAAAUCUACAAUAACAGAAACCUUAAGAGGUUUGACCUUUCAAAUUUCAGCGAAUUCCUUUUUCCAAACAAAUACUCAUCAGGCUGAGGUCCUGUAUAAACUCAUUGAAGAUUACGCUGCCCUGAGAGGAGAUGGCUCUGAAGUUGUUCUUGACCUGUUUUGUGGAACUGGAACCAUUGGUCUGACACUUGCCAAAAAGGUUCAACAUGUUUAUGGCUAUGAAGUAGUUGCUCAAGCUGUGAAUGACGCAAGGCGAAAUGCAAAGCUGAAUGGUAUAGAUAAUGCUACAUUUGUUCAAGGGGAUCUUAACAAAAUUGGUGAAAAUUUUGGCAAGGAUUUCCCAAAGCCAGACAUCAUCAUUUCAGAUCCAAACAGACCUGGUAUGCACAUGAAGUUAAUCAAGUUUUUGCUAAAACUUAGAGCUCCACGUAUUGUCUAUGUGUCAUGCAAUCCUGCCACAUGUGCUCGUGACCUUGAUUAUCUUUGUCAUGGUGUAGAGGAGCAAAAUAUCAAAGGAUGUUACAAGCUGAAAAGGGUGCAACCUGUUGACAUGUUCCCUCACACCCCACACAUUGAAUGUGUCUGCCAAUUAGAGCUGUCUUGACCCCUGUUCUGUCUACCCUCUUUAUUCUUAAACUUUCAUAGCAUUUCUUAUCACUGUCCAAGACCAAAAUCUUCAUUGUAGUCCAAUGAGCUUCAAUGUAUCUCAUCAUGGUUGAGUCACACAGAUUCCAUCAAUGAACUUGACCAGAAAAUGGUAGACACCCUUUCCAAUUAAAAACUUGUGGAAGUGAACAGCCAAAGUGAGGUCUAAAUGCCAGCAAGACCUUGGUCCAAUGGUGAAGGAUUAGCUAAGGCCCCUUGGAAGUUCUAGAUUCCCUCCAUCCCCUAAUCAUUUUCCAUUUUAUAUAAUCCACUAAUCCUAGGAUUUAAGGAUAAUGCUUAGGAAUAAUUAUAUAGAAAAUGAUUAUUGACAAUAUAUAUUUGUUGACAACAAAUCUUUGUACCAUGAUGUAAAAAUAGUUUUUAUAGCAUAAAUUAGUGGACUUGUA